CACCCUAAAGCGCAGUUUUCUUGCCGCCUGCCUAAAGUUUUUCUGCAAUGAGUAGGAGAAUAAGAGCUUUCAAAAGAUGGAUGCAAUCACAAGGAAUAGAAUGGAGUAAUGGAUUAGAAUUCAUAGAUGAUGAUGAAGGAGGAGGGAUUUCAGUAAAGGCCAUAUUUGAUUUGAAUGAAGGAGAUUUAGUUGCCACUAUACCUAAAAAUGCUUGUUUAACUAUUAAAACAUCAUUAGCUAAAGAUAUCAUUGAAGAAUCUGGUUUAGCUGAAUCAUUAGGACUUUCAGUUGCCUUAAUGUAUGAAAAAAGUAUAGGUGAAGCUUCUAAUUGGGCUGGUUAUCUUCAGCUAUUACCAGAUAGUGAGUGUUUGCCUUUGGUUUGGACUUUAGAUGAAGUUGAUCAGUUUUUAACUGGUACUGAACUUCACAAGACAAUGAAAGAGGACAAGACUCUAAUUUAUGAGGAUUGGAAGGAGAAUAUAAUGCCGAUUAUUAGUUCUGGACAAUUGGAUAAUGUUGAUUUGAAGUGUUUUGGUGUUGAGCAAUAUUUUGCUGCGAAAAGUCUUGUUUCUUCGAGGUCAUUUGAGAUAGAUGAUUAUCAUGGAUAUGGGAUGGUGCCAUUGGCAGACUUAUUCAAUCACAAAACUGGGGCUGAGAACAUACACUUCACUAAUGUAUCUCCCCACUCUGACUCUGAAACUGACAAUGAAAGUGAUGGGGAGGAAGUCGAGAAUGGGUUUCAUGAUAACUCUAAUGAUAAACCGCCAUCAGUUGAAAAAGGUCACUCCAGCAGCAAUGGUUCUCCAACAGCUGUAGACAACAAAAGUUACAUGAAUGGACAUGCAGAAGAUCAAACUACAUCUGAGGAUGAUCCUGCUCUAAAAGAUGAUCCGACAGCAUUGGAAAUUAUAGUUGUUAGAGUUGUUAAAUCUGGGAAUGAGGUUUUUAAUACUUAUGGGACCAUGGGGAAUGCUGCAUUACUUCACAGAUAUGGAUUUACAGAGCCUGAUAACUCUUAUGACAUUGUAAAUGUGGAUCUAAAAGAGGUAAUUGAGUGGAGCUCAUCAAUAUUUUCCAGCCGUUACAGUAGAGCAAGGGUUUCACUAUGGAGAAAAUUAGGUUGCUCGGGAUGUGUCAGUGAAAACUCUGAGUACUUUGAGAUCUCUUCAGAUGGAGAACCUCAAAUUGAGCUUCUAAUUUUACUCUACAUCAUCUUCUUACCCAAAAAAACAUAUGAUAAGCUGAACCAGUCAGUACCUAUUGUUGAAGACAUAAAAAAAACAGUAAACAUUCUUCUGUCGGAAGAUUAUAGUAAUAAACAAGUUUCACUGGAAACUCCAGAAAACGUGAACAGUUUGUUGCUCACAAAAAAGGUUCGUGAUGCACUUCUUUCACUUGCAGAUAUUCGAGAAAGUUUUUAUGGUAUCAACUCCAUCAGUGAUGAUAUAGAGGCACUGAAGAGGUGUUCUUGUAUUAGAGAGAGAAAGUUGUAUCAUUCCUUGGUCUUACGUGUGAGCGAGAGGAAGAUCAUUAAGAAGCUGAGAACUUAUGCUUCAAAAAGAUCAUCUAAGCCAAAGAAGAGAUAGUUGUUAGAAAAUUUGGAGAACUUACUUUGGAGAACUUAGGUGCAGACUUAUCUGAAGUUCAGGUUAUACGUAUAACAAAGAUCAUUCAAGCCAGAGAAGAGAUUGGUUGUAAGACUUGAGAAGAAUAUGAAGCUUUGCAGACCUGUAGGGUAAGACUCGUCUGCGAUUCAGCUUACAAGUACAACCAUCGUGCAGCAAGUAGAAAUUUGUGUUCUGUUCACAUUCGCGUCAAAAGUUUUGGCAUAUAGCAUAUUGAGGUAUGUCUUGUAAUUUUCCUUAAAUUUGUGCCAGAGACAGCAGUUUUGUUUUAGUAGGAACCAAUGGGUUGCUGGGAUUUUCAAUUGAAACAUUCUUUUAUUCAAGUGUUUCCAGUUCUACUGUGUUCUUUAA